UAAUUUCCAACCCAUUUCCACAGACGUCUGAGCUCAGCCAGGACUGUGAAUCUCAUUGGCCUUAGCCAGAGGAAAGUUAUGAAUCUCUGGGGUGUGAGCACUGCCAACUCAUGCCCUUUGCUGCAUUCAAUCAGAGCAGCUGAAGGCAUGGCUCAAAUAUGGUUUGGGCAGCAAUAUAAUUAAAAGGUCAUGACCUAAAGUAAGUGUAAAAUCCAGUAAUCCAGUCCUUCACCUGGCAAUGUAAGCAAUUCUUUAGCCAUCAGCCAAAAGAAUAUAUGGUGCAUAACAAAAUAAAUGUAAUUGAAGCAGGGGGGGAGGGCUGGUCCUUUCUUCUCUGGUAAAUACUGGGAGGUUUUUCUCCUCCUCCUGGAAGCAAGUCUCUCUCACAGGUCCAGAGAGGCAGCUUUCACAACUGGAGCGAGGUACUGAUGAGAAGGCUCAUGUAACUGAUGGUCGUGGUUCCAAAACGAUGCCAAAGUGCCUGGUCAAGGAAGACAGAGGAGGAGGAGGAGGAGGAGGAGGAGAGUUCCUUCUGCAGACUGCCUCCUGCACUGCCUUGGCCUUGCUCCUGUGCAUCUACAGGGCUGGCGCAAGGCAGGGAGCAGCUCUAAGUGCCCACAGUUUUCCCAUGGGGAAUGAUGCCAACAAACAAGGCAACAUCUUUGUCGUCAGUUUGUCCGUCGCAGACCUUGUAGUUGCAGUUUAUCCAUACCCUCUGAUCUUGAGUGCCAUCUUCCAUAAUGGAUGGACCAUGGGAAAUGUCCACUGCCAGAUAAGCGGGUUCCUGAUGGGCUUAAGUGUCAUCGGGUCCAUUUUCAACAUCACGGCGAUCGCAAUCAACCGCUAUUGCUACAUCUGCCACAGCCUUCGGUACGAUAAGCUCUUCAACCUGAAGAACACCUGCUGCUAUCUCUGCCUGACCUGGAUACUCACGGUGGUGGCCAUUGUGCCAAACUUCUUUGUUGGUUCCUUGCAGUAUGACCCCCGGAUUUACUCCUGCACCUUUGCCCAGACGGUGAGUACGUCCUACACCAUCACAGUGGUGGUGGUUCACUUCAUCGUCCCGCUGUCCGUCGUGACGUUUUGCUACCUACGGAUCUGGAUUUUAGUAAUUCAGGUCAAACACCGGGUGAGACAAGACUGCAAGCAGAAGCUCAGAGCAGCUGACAUCCGGAACUUCUUGACUAUGUUUGUGGUUUUCGUCCUUUUUGCUGUGUGCUGGGGACCAUUAAACUUUAUUGGCCUUGCUGUUUCCAUUAAUCCUUCAAAAGUGCAGCCACACAUUCCAGAAUGGCUUUUUGUCCUGAGCUAUUUUAUGGCCUAUUUCAACAGCUGCCUCAAUGCUGUGAUCUAUGGGCUUCUUAACCAGAAUUUCAGGAAGGAGUACAAAAGGAUAUUGCUGACGCUGUGGACUCCCAGAUUGCUGUUCAUCGACGUGUCCAAGGGCGGGACAGAAGGGAUGAAAAGCAAGCAUUCUCCAGCCGUAACAACCAACAACAACCACGCUGAAAUACACUUAUGAAUCAGGACAUACUAUUUAUUCUGGAUUACAAUUGUAUAUAUAAUAUAUAAGAGCAUUUCUAACUGUGUGCAUUGCACAGCUGGUGUUGCCUGGCCCCUCAUGCAAGGAAGGAGUCUGCUACCUUUCAUGCUUAGCUUCCUGCUGCGGCAUCAAGGCUUCGAGUGAGGAAUGUCAGAAUGGAAAGGACUGAUUUUUUUUUUAUGUGCCGUCUUUCACUGUGUGCCUCAUUAAUAGGUUUGGUUGCUUUUGCCACAAGCAUGCCAGUACCCCAAAAGGGAAGCGUUCAGAGUGCAUGGAGAAAUGCAGUUAUGCUUGAAAUGCAACCUUCAGGAGACAGCAAAAUUGCCAUUUAUUACACGUAAACCUUUCUCCCCUCCCUCUGGAUUCUAUUUUUCUAGCAUUAACUUAACCCAUACUAUAUAAAACUAUAUAAACUGCAUGGCUUUUUACCUUUUAGUUAGGUAAAGGCUGUAUUAGCCAGCAGGUGUACGUAUGGGCCUGGUGACUUCCACUCUGUGUGCGUUCAUUUCCCUUUUUCUUUCUUCUUAAGAUUUAGAAGCAAGCCUGGACUAGAUGUGAGGCAGGCAGAAUCCAGACCAGUGAGUGUCUAACGCACUCAUUUUAAUUGAAUAUCUACAAAUAUUAAGUACCCUUGCACUCUCCUUCCCAGACCAUGAGUAAGAAUAUAACAUAUGACAUAAUCUAAUUGCAGGAAGAUACUUGGAGCCUGAUUCUAAUUUAGGCAGUAUCCUGUCAUGGCCAGCAUUCAUUCCAAAUGUCUCUUACAAGUCGCUGCUACAUGAACAUCAUAAAAAAA